GGCGGUCACGUGACCAGGGGCGUGCUGCGGCCGCCCGGGCGGACCCGGCGAGAGGCGGCGGCGGGAGCGGCGGUGAUGGACGGGUCCGGGGAGCAACCCAGAGGCGGGGGGCCCACCAGCUCUGAGCAGAUCAUGAAGACAGGGGCCCUUUUGCUUCAGGGUUUCAUCCAAGAUCGAGCAGGGCGAAUGGGGGGAGAGACACCAGAGCUGGCCCUGGAGCAGGCGCCCCAGGAUGCAUCCACCAAGAAGCUGAGCGAGUGUCUCAAGCGCAUCGGAGAUGAACUGGACAGUAACAUGGAGUUACAGAGGAUGAUUGCAGCCGUGGACACAGACUCCCCCCGCGAGGUCUUUUUCCGAGUGGCAGCUGACAUGUUUUCUGAUGGCAACUUCAACUGGGGUCGGGUCGUUGCCCUCUUCUACUUUGCCAGCAAACUGGUGCUCAAGGCCCUGUGUACCAAGGUGCCCGAGCUGAUCAGGACCAUCAUGGGCUGGACACUGGACUUCCUUCGAGAGCGACUGCUGGGCUGGAUCCAGGACCAGGGUGGUUGGGACGGCCUCCUCUCCUACUUUGGGACACCCACGUGGCAGACAGUGACCAUCUUUGUGGCUGGAGUGCUCACUGCAUCACUCACCAUCUGGAAAAAGAUGGGCUGAGGCCACCAGCUGCCUUGGACUGUGUCUUUUCUGCAUAAAUUAUGGCAUUUUUUCCGGGAGGGGUGGGAUUGGGGGUCAUGGGCAU